CAGUGUAGAGCCGCCUAAUGUUCCACCUAUCAUAAACUGGGAGCCGAAAGACUACAACAAUUUCAGUUCGGUGGCCAUCUUUGUUCAGAUUCGUCUAUUAUAGAGCUGUAGUGAUCCAAGUGUAAUUAGUUGGAAGUUAAUCCAAAUUCAUCCGAAAUGUCUGAAAGAGAAGACAAUGUUUAUAAAGCUAAACUAGCAGAACAAGCUGAACGUUACGAUGAAAUGGUGGAGGCCAUGAAGAAAGUAGCCUCACUCGACCUCGAAUUGACGGUCGAGGAGAGGAACCUGCUCUCAGUUGCCUACAAGAAUGUGAUUGGAGCCAGGCGUGCUAGCUGGAGGAUAAUCAGCAGCAUAGAACAGAAGGAAGAGAACAAAGGUGCCGAAGAAAAACUCGAAAUGAUCCGCACCUACAGGACUCAGGUGGAAAAGGAAUUGCGAGAUAUCUGCUCUGACAUUCUUGGAGUUCUUGACAAACAUCUCAUUCCCUGUGCUUCUACCGGCGAAUCCAAAGUUUUCUACUACAAAAUGAAAGGAGAUUACCACAGAUACCUGGCAGAAUUUGCCACUGGAACUGACAGGAAAGAAGCGGCGGAGAAUUCACUCGUAGCAUACAAGGCGGCAAGUGACAUUGCUAUGACAGAACUUCCACCCACUCACCCUAUCAGAUUGGGACUGGCUCUGAACUUCUCGGUUUUCUACUACGAAAUCCUGAAUUCACCGGAUCGAGCAUGUCGUCUGGCGAAGGCUGCGUUCGAUGAUGCAAUCGCUGAAUUGGACACAUUGUCUGAGGAGAGCUACAAGGAUUCCACAUUGAUCAUGCAGCUUCUCAGAGACAACUUGACCCUUUGGACAUCAGACAUGCAAGGCGACGGAGAAGCCGAAGGAGAAGCUGAACAGAAGGAGCAAUUGCAGGAUGUGGAAGAUCAAGACGUGUCGUAACUGUGAUGCAGUGUUUGCAAAUUAUUGUCAAAAUUGUAUAAACUGUUAUGUUGUACUUGUCGGCUCCACCGAGUGAUCGGUGCUUUUCGACAUUUGUAAGUAGGCAGGGGAAGUGACCGAUCGCAUUUGUCCUCUUCAAUAUGUUCCGUUCUAUUUUUUUUUUAUUCGUUUGUUUUAUUAUUUCAUAAGUGAUGUGAAUUUGUGUCCUUGUUAUUGCACUUCAGUAUUCAGAGUCGAUUAAGGCUGACACAUUCCCCCCUGCCACUAACUUCUCCUCUAGUAUGAAGCCGGUUCUGCUCGUGGUGAAAAAUUUAAAUCGUUUAUUUUCUGGCUGUUUCGGACAAAUACCACAAUUACAGCACAAUUGAUGUUAUUAUUGUUUAGAAAAAGAUUCGAACAUUUGUAACUAAAGUAUAGUUGGAUGUGUAGGCCUAUGUUUUUUCCAAAUCUGCUGAUUGUCGUUAUAGUGAUUUUUAACAUGCGUGCACUGUGCUUAUAAGGCCAAGCAAUAUUAUGGGUUAUUUGUUAAAUUUGACCCUGUGUACUUAGUUACAGAUUAAAGUCGUCAGUGUUAGUCUGAACAAGACUUAAAUUGAUUAAGAAAGCGUAUGUGUAAAGUGUUAUUACAUUUGUAAAGUGUGAUUCGUUUCAAUCUUUAGUUACUUGGAUUAGAGGAGUAGACUAUGUAUAUCCAAUAGCUAAAUCUUUUUCUUAUUUAGCUUUAAGCAGACUAUAUUCAGCCAUUUUUCUGCUUUUUUUAUUUGAAUUUGUCCCUACCUCAACUUCAGGCUCACUCCACUUUGCAUAAGUGUCUGUGUAUGUGUGCGAGCGUGCUGUAUAUCUGUGAGAGCGUGAACAUGCGGUAGAUGAAGUUGAAUAGUAUUGUAUUUUUGUGUGUCCUAUACAGCCCAUCUGGCUUUACCACUUCUAUUGCAAGACUUCAUUUUGUAUUAUUUUUAACCAUAAUCAUUAACAGAAUAAUAAUCUAGUGUUAAUGCUGUUUACGUUUACUACAUCAUGAACUAAUUUGCAAAACAAUCUGUUUUCAUCAUCAUGACAUUUUUGUAAUUUGUGAUAAUGAUUUUGUGUGUGUGUGUUAAGAUUCAUCCAUUUCCAUUAAACAUGUAAAGUAUUACACAAUAAUCUUGAAAGGCAAUGAGAUCAUGUUACAUUCUAAUUUCACCUGAUAAGAUUACAAUCAAAUUAUGGAAUUAUUGUCAUUUACACACAUAUACACACACCAAACAUCACCCGCGUACGUUAAAUAUUUAUAUAUUACAUACUAUUUUAAGCAUUUUUCAUUCGCCAAAAAACAUCCAUUAUAAUAUUAGAAGAAUAUAUGUGGCCCAUCACAGAGUAUUGUAUAGAAAAGUUUGUCACUUUUUGCUCUUGCGGUUUUCUUUCAAAUGUCAAGCUUUUUUCAAAAUAUGAACCUUAGUUUAUAUUCAUAUGAACCGUUAAACCUUAGUUCAAUUUAUAUCAAAGAUUACAUUUGACUCUUCUCACGAUUACAUUACAGUGUGCUACUAUUGCAGACAAGAUAUUACCGCUGUUGACGACUUUAUGAUGAUGAUGAUGUUUUAAACAUCUAAUAUGCGUAAAAAAAUCUUAAUUUACUAUAUAGCUUAUAUCUAUUAUGUUCAAAUUCUGUAUGUAUGUACGUAUUUCAGAUAACUACAUUGAUGAAAUAAAGAUUUCUGAAUCUAAACUA